CCACAGAAAGCGCGCCCCUCUUUCUCUUGUCCGCCAUGAAGCGAGGAUUUCUGAACAACUCGAAGGCCAAGAAGGUGGUGCUGGCUCCUGAGGGGGCGGGCAAUAGUCAUCCUCCUUCGGGAACCUUGCAAGGCGCAUCUGGAGGCUCGAUUGCUGUACGCGUCUCUCACCAGCCGGUGAAUGAUUCAGACAGACCUCACGGAUAUGCGGUCGGCUCGACCUUCGGAAGGUCCCACGGUACUGAGCUGGACGGCGCUGCAAUCAACCACCCUGUGGACGCGAUGCUUUGGACCAGCUUCCCAGGUCGCAACACCGACCUCAACUCCCAUAGCGCUGCCGAGCGCCGUGACAGCUGGACUGAAGCUAUUGUCGACGGCCUAACCAAGACCGAGAUCUUCACUCAGCCCGGCUUUCCUCACCCAGUUGAACGCCCUGCUAUUCCGGCGCACCGCAUUGCGCCUGUGGGAGGCAAGGGCCUCGGCGUCUUCGCGACCCGCGACAUCGGGCCAGGCGAUCUCAUCAUCGCGGAGCGUCCCCUACUCAUGGUUCCCCUCGGAGUGCCCACCGCCGAAAAUAUUCCAGCCCACUUCACGAUGCAGCAGAUGAUACAGGCCAGUCUCGCUGAGUGGGAGAAGGCCCUGGAGAUCCUGGUCGAGCGCAUGCUGCCGGAGCGGCGCGAGGCGUUCAUGAAGUUGGCGAACAGCCACACAAACGACGGUAGCGGGCCAAUUCUUGGGCGCAUCCGCACGAACGGUAUAGCGGCCUCGGGUCUUCACUACCAGGGAAAGCGUGGUCCUGAGGGUCGGUUCUCGGCGACGUGCGAAUUGAUCUCGCGAGCCAAUCAUAGCUGCAGCCCCAACGCACGAUACACCUUCAACAAGCAGACCUUCACGUCGCGCCUCCGCGCGGUGCGCGACAUCAAAGCCGGUGAGGAGAUCACGAUCACCUACUCCCGGCUCGAUGUGCCAUCGGCGGAUCGCCAAAAGGAUCUCGCUCCGUACGGCUUCGUCUGCACCUGCGAUGCCUGCAAAGGCGGGGCUGAAUCUGAUGCCCGACGCGCGAAGAUACCCUCGGAGAUCAGCCCGGCCUUGAAGCGGGGCAGGAUCGACCAGCUCUUGGAUCUCGUCGCGCUAAUCGAGCGCGAGAAUCUCCAAGACCUUCCGGUAUAUGUGGACUCUCUCAUGGCGGUCGUUGACAAGUACAUCGCGCAGAAGGAUUUUGCGCGAUGCCAACCGUACCUGGAUAAGGUCCAGCAAUACUUACCUUUGGAUACGGAUGGGGAGUCUGCUUGACGAUGGAUAGGUAGGAUGUAUACUUAAAUAGUCCGAUGAAUGACCUCUUGAGUUUCCCACUCGUUCUCGGCUAAUCAAAGUGUUCAAUCCAGCUGGCUUUUGUGAAAGAUCA